AUGGCCCGGGCGCGGCGCACCCGCCCACCCCCGCGGGAAGCGGCCGUCGGGCUGCGCACCCUGCCCGGCGCCCCGCGCACUCGCCUCGGCGCCCCCAGCCCCGUGCGGCCACCGCCGCGGAGCGGCACGGGGCACCCGGCCAUGGCGGAGCACCCGGGCACGGCGGAGCACCCGGGCACGGCGGCCCGCCGGCUGCGCCUGGGGCUGGGGCUGGGGCUGGCCUGGCUGCUGAGCCUGCCGGCGGCGAGCGGCCUGCCCCUGGUCCCCGCGCCGCGGGACGGGGUCCUGGCGGCCGCCCUGCAGCGGCUGCGGGAGGUCUUCGACAUCGAGGCGCUGCCGCCCGACGUGCUGCCCCGCAAGCGGCCGCCCCAGUUCAUGGUGGAUCUCUUCAACGCGGUGGCCGACGCCAACGGCAUCAGCCGCGCCCCGGGGCUGCUGGAGGGCGACGUGGUGCGCAGCUUCGAGGACCGAGUCCCCCUGGGCGCGGACCUGCACCGCUUCCACUUCGACGUCGGCGCGGUGGAGAGGAGCGAGCGGGUGCUGCGGGCCGAGCUCCGCGUCUUCGGGCUGCGGCGGGGCCGCGCGGCGGGGGCCGGCGUGAGGCACUUCUGCAAAGUGGAACUGUAUGAGCUUUUGGAGAAUGGAAGUAAGCCACAGAAAAGACAUCUCAUUGCAUCAAGAUUGUUGUCCAUGUACACAGAAGGCUGGGAAGUAUUCAACGUCACGGAGACAGUUUCCAAGUGGGUUGGAAACAGCAGCUGCAACCAUGGCUUUUUGAUAACUACAACACAUGUAUUCAACAACAGAAUUGAGCACAACGUGGUUAAGUUUGCUAAGAGCCAGGGUGCUUUGCAGGCGACUAGAAAUGCUUUCCUUGUCCUCUUCACCAACAGUAACAAACGGAGGUCUUCCAGCUUUGCGCCCUCUUCCACAAAGAUGAACCCUGACAAAAAUGAUGCUUCACACAUGCCUCGUGAAACUCAGAUCAUCGAAAGCAGCAGUGCAAGCAUGAGCAGGAGACCUCGAGCUGCUGCACUCCCUUCUGCCGAAAGCCAGGUAACAGCAUGUCAUCGAAGGGAAUUCUACGUUGACUUCCAUGCUAUUGGCUGGUCAGGAUGGAUUAUUUACCCAAAUGGAUACAAUGCAUUUUCUUGCAAAGGAUCCUGUCUCUUCCCCUUGGGGGAAAGUCUAAAUGCAACAAAUCAUGCUACAGUUCAGUCCAUAGUCCAUACACUUAAACUGUCUCAAGAUAUUAGCACGCCCUGCUGUGUGCCAGAUGAAUUGAAGUCCCUCAAUCUUCUCUACUUUGAUGACAAAGAGAAUGUGGUCCUUAAAAAUUAUAAAGACAUGGUGGCAACAAGGUGUGGUUGUCAUUAGCAGGACCUCUUUUGUCUGCAUUUGGUGUGCACUUGGAUUCAGUUCCCCA